AUGCCAGAGUCUGAAGAGGCUGGGGUACUGUUUGAAAAGCACAAGAUGACCCCGUCAGCUAUCUCCAGUAGACAUGGGGAGCAGACAUUCCCCCAUCCCUGCUAUAUCCCCAUCCUCUGCCCACCCAAACCCCUCUCAGCAACCGCCACCUCUCAUCUCCCCCUCAGAGCAGACAUUCCCCCAUCCCUGCUAUAUCCCCAUCCUCUGCCCACCCAAACCCCUCUCAGCAACCGCCACCUCUCAUCUCCCCCUCAGAGCAGACAUUCCCCCAUCCCUGCUAUAUCCCCAUCCUCUGCCCACCCAAACCCCUCUCAGCAACCGCCACCUCUCAUCUCCCCUCAGAGCAGACAUUCCCCCAUCCCUGCUAUAUCCCCAUCCUCUGCCCACCCAAACCCCUCUCAGCAACCGCCACCUCUCAUCUCCCCCUCAGAGCAGACAUUCCCCCAUCCCUGCUAUAUCCCCAUCCUCUGCCCACCCAAACCCCUCUCAGCAACCGCCACCUCUCAUCUCCCCUCAGAGCAGACAUUCCCCCAUCCCUGCUAUAUCCCCAUCCUCUGCCCACCCAAACCCCUCUCAGCAACCGCCACCUCUCAUCUCCCCCUCAGAGCAGACAUUCCCCCAUCCCUGCUAUAUCCCCAUCCUCUGCCCACCCAAACCCCUCUCAGCAACCGCCACCUCUCAUCUCCCCUCAGAGCAAACAUUCCCCCAUCCCUGCUAUAUCCCCAUCCUCUGCCCACCCAAACCCCUCUCAGCAACCGCCACCUCUCAUCUCCCCCAGAGCAAACAUUCCCCCAUCCCUGCUAUAUCCCCAUCCUCUGCCCACCCAAACCCCUCUCAGCAACCGCCACCUCUCAUCUCCCCCUCAGAGCAGACAUUCCCCCAUCCCUGCUAUAUCCCCAUCCUCUGCCCACCCAAACCCCUCUCAGCAACCGCCACCUCUCAUCUCCCCCUCAGAGCAGACAUUCCCCCAUCCCUGCUAUAUCCCCAUCCUCUGCCCACCCAAACCCCUCUCAGCAACCGCCACCUCUCAUCUCCCCCUCAGAGCAAACAUUCCCCCAUCCCUGCUAUAUCCCCAUCCUCUGCCCACCCAAACCCCUCUCAGCAACCGCCACCUCUCAUCUCCCCCUCAGAGCAGACAUUCCCCCAUCCCUGCUAUAUCCCCAUCCUCUGCCCACCCAAACCCCUCUCAGCAACCGCCACCUCUCAUCUCCCCUCAGAGCAGACAUUCCCCCAUCCCUGCUAUAUCCCCAUCCUCUGCCCACCCAAACCCCUCUCAGCAACCGCCACCUCUCAUCUCCCCCUCAGAGCAGACAUUCCCCCAUCCCUGCUAUAUCCCCAUCCUCUGCCCACCCAAACCCCUCUCAGCAACCGCCACCUCUCAUCUCCCCCUCAGAGCAGACAUUCCCCCAUCCCUGCUAUAUCCCCAUCCUCUGCCCACCCAAACCCCUCUCAGCAACCGCCACCUCUCAUCUCCCCUCAGAGCAGACAUUCCCCAUCCCUGCUAUAUCCCCAUCCUCUGUCCACCCAAACCCCUCUCAGCAACCCCCACCUCUCAUCUUCCCCUCAGAGCAGACAUUCCCCCCUAAACUCCCCCAGACCCCCAGUCUCCAUCGCUCACCCCCUCCCCCAUGCUGA